AUGGGAGCGUCUCUCGAUUCUUUAACGCGUACAAACAUUCGUCAGUUCAUCUCGCACGGCUUUUUCCACCGCUUCUACAACGAGCUCUCGAGCGAAUACCAAGAAGCAGUUGAAGAAUUUGUUGACCGAGCCGAAGCCGACCUAGGAAUGCACUUUAAAGACCCCGACGCGCCGGCUCCACCUCCCCCCGACCUGCUGUCCUUCGGUUCCGACAGCGAGGGGGGCGAGAGGUGUGAGAGCGAGAGUGAGAGCGAAGCGGAUGCAAGACCAAGGCGUACCGCCGUUGACGCCGCUGUCGGCGGCUCCGCCGUCUGCGGACCGCUGGAAGCGGCGGCAAUCGCGGCGUCCUCGAGGAGCCUCGGGCGGAGCUGGAGCGACGAGCAGCUUCCGCGAACGAGCGGGAGCAGCGCGGAUUGCGGAAAGGGGGAAGAGGAAGAGGCGGAGAGCGGGGGAAAUGGAAAAGGGGAAGUCGAGGCGGGAUUUGAGUCGAGCCGAGACGAGGGGAAGGAGGGGAUAGGGGAGGGGCGGAAGAAGGAGAAGGGGGUAGACGAGUCGGUGCGCUUCAUGGCACACACGCGCGAGCCCCUCCGCGCCAUCAUCCACCCGCUCGCCUUCUACGUCUGGGGCCAUAUCGUCGGGCUCCUCACCGCCGCCGCCAUGCGCCUCCUCGGAUUCUCCAAGCACACCGCGCCCAACGGCAUUCACUACUGGUUCCGCGCUCCCAGAAAAUCGGCGCCAAAGCGGAAGUCCCACAAAGCAGCAGCAGUGGUGCCGAUUUUCGACGACACGUCAGCAGCAGGCGCCACGUCAGCGGCAGCAACAUCACCGCUACUUGGGGCGACGGGGGCCCGCGUGAGAAGGGAGGAGGCGGAGGGGGAGGAGGGCGUGGUGCUGGUGCACGGGCUAGGGCUCGGCCUCACUCCCUACCUCUCGUUCGUGCACAUGCUUUCAAGAAGCUACUCGAACAAGAAGCUUAUAGUGGUGGAGCUGGCACAUCUAGCAGUGCGCCUGGCCACGUCAUCACCCACCAUUGAUGACGUGGCAGACGGGCUAACUGAUGCGAUGGCGGUUCACGGCAUGCAAUCAGCCAUCUUCGUGGGACACUCGUACGGUGCUCUCGUGCUCGCUCGGCAAGUGCGCAAGCACCCAGAGACUGUGAGCGCCAUGGGCUUUGUGGAUCCCGCAUGCUUCCUGCUCUGCCUCCCUAAAGUGCUCUUCAAUUUUAUUUAUAAGGUCCCCGGCUCCCCCUCAAUAGGCGACACCAUAGCAGAGGCCGUGAGGUGGUUCCUGUGCGGAAGGGAGCUGCAGGUGGCGCGUGCUCUCUGCCGCGGCUUCAACUGGCACUCCUACCAGGUGUGGGCGGAUGACAUUCCCGUGCAUCGCUCGGUGGUGAUGCUGGCAGGGCAGGACCAGAUCGUCCCCUCGGAGCACAUUAGAAACUACCUGGCCAACACGCCAGUGGAUGUCAUGUACAACGACGGGUACCACCAUGCGCAAAUACUCUUCAGUGACGCCAAGCAGCGGGAGUUCAUCACGCGCCUCAAGGCAGCUUGCCGCUGA